CUGACGUCAGUGACAGUGGACGGGAAGUCUCCGGAAAUUCUGCUUGGCAGACCUGAGUGACACAGCUCCAUGGAGACCGCGGCGGAGGUCCCGCGAACGGUAACACAGACGGACGAUGAUUCGCUGGAGCGCCUCAGCCGGUUACCGGAGAGGCUGCAAAAGAGGGAGCAGGAGCGGCAGCGGGAAGUGGAGAGGAAGAAGCUAGAGAAGGAGGGCCUUUCCGUGCUGGAGGAGAAGAGCAGUCACUUCAGUGCCAGCUUCGGUCCGGAGCGGGCGGCUAUAGAGCAACUGCUGGCCGGUAAUGACCGCGGUGUGUUGGAGGAGGUAGCUGAACGCCUGCAGCGCCUGCACAAGCUGCUCAACGACUCCAUGAGGUUCCUGCCGUCCUACGACAUCCGGCAGGCUCAGGAGGCGCUCGGGCGGCUGCAGGAGAUCCUGGAGGAGAAGCGGCAGCUGCUGCAGCCCAAGAAGAAGUUUGCCUUCAAAAACCGCAAAAAGGAUGCGCCCGCGGCCUCGGCCGACCAGACUCCUGGGGAAGGGGCCCCGCAGCUUCCAGCCUUCCAGCAGCCUCCUGCCGACCCUCCCACCCAGGCCCCGUUUGCAUGCGGCGUCCAGGGCCUCACCUCCCAGGUGCUGUUCAUGGAGGCCGCGGAGAUCCAGCAGAAGGACGUGCUGCUGAGCCAGCUGCGGGACUGCUCCGUUACCCUGCACGGCAGCCCAGCCACUCUGCACCUGCGAGGCCUGCACGGCUGCCGGGUACUGUGCGGCCCCGUCUCCUCCUCCGUGUUCGUGGAUAGCUGCACCGGCUGCCUGUUCUCCUUCUCGUGCCAACAGCUCCGCACCCACAGCACCUCGGACACCCGCUUCUACCUGCACGUCACCAGCCGGGCCAUCAUCGAGGACUGCCACGACCUGCACUUCGCUCCCUUCACCUGGACCUACGAAGGGAUCGAAAAGGACUACCAAGUCUCCGGUCUGGACCGGGCCAGAAACAACUGGCAGCUGGUGGAUGACUUCAACUGGCUCGCCCAUGGGGUGCAGUCCCCAAACUGGGAGAUCAUUCCCGAGGAGGACCGGCUAACCCACUGGAACUGAUUGGUCCGGUUUACUGUGGCAGACACGACGCCAACACGAUGGCCUUCAGAAAAUGCAUUAUAUUGUGAAAUAAUCUAUUCGCAUUGUUUUUACAGCGAGCAGGACAAGACAACCCCCAUCACACCCAGCAUCUUACAGCUGAUGAUGUCUGUGACUGAUGCACUUUGAUGCUUCCCUUGUUGCUUCCAUGUAGAAUGGUCCAGGGAGUCAGUGGAGAGCUGUGGCCCUGUGUCUAUGGCACACAACGUUACUGUUCUGUAUUCUCGGGUCUCGUGUAUAUGUUUAUCGCACUUCUUCUAACUAAUAAUAAUUGUCUGUAUUAGUUGUUGUUAUUCAUGUUAUGCCGGAUCAUGUGUUCAGUGACUGUAAAACGUUGCGUAUAAUAGGAAAUAUAGCAGCCCCAUAAUAGGAUUUAUGAAA